AUGUCUUCACAAAAGUUCUAUCUCAUUGGAGACGAUGUCUCAACUGCCAGAGAGAUCUUGGCCGAGCCAGCCUGGAAACUUGAGACUCUGAAGAAGACAGUGGGACAACAGUUCCACGUCAUUCAACACCAAGGCAUCACAUUCCACGCUCUAGACUCGAGAUCAGAGCUUGGAGAUACACAGGAUAUUCUUUCGUGUUGCUCUGCUGUUGGUCUACGUAUAGAUGGCGCCGCUGUAUCCUCCCCUCAAGGCCCGGGCGGUCUCCCGAUCGUUGGGUCAUUCUACGAAAUCUACCCGGACCAUCUCGGCAACCAUUGGCGAUUAUUCCGCAAAUACGGCCAUGUAAUCAAGACUACCAAUAUGGGCAAGACUACAUAUCUGACCGACUCACCAGAAGUCGCUCAAGUCGCGUUAAUGGAGAGCCCUUAUUUCACCAAGUUGAUCAACGAAAAUCAUCCACUCAGAGGCAUUAAGGACAACACAGCAAUCUUCCUUGGCGAUACCGAGACCGACAACUGGCGUUUGGCACACAAAUUCGUCCCACCUGCCAUGGGUCCUAAGGCCGUCCGUCACUAUACUCCCUUGAUGCAGAGCUGUGUGCGGAGCAGUUUCAAAGUCUUUGACGAGAUGGACGAGAAGGGCGAGGCCUGGAACGUCUACACAUACAUGGUAAAGUUGGCGUCUCAAACUAUCGGCAAGUUCGCUUUGGGCAUGGACUUUGGACACAUGGACAGUGUCGACGCGCCGACGCAUCCACUCGUCUCGAAUAUCGUCAGUCUUUUGAGCUUGAACAAGAAGGUCACCUCUAGGGGAGAGUGGUAUAAAGCCUUACCAUUUGGCGAUGCGCCAAAGCUAAAAGAAGUCCAAAGAGUAACAUACGGAAUGCUUGAGGAAGCACUCAAGAAUGCUCCCACUUCGGGCAACAUGGAAGAGGGUAUUUCUCUGAAUGAUGCAGCAUUGAGGGCCGCCUGUGUAGCCGAUUACAUGAACCACGCAGUUGACGAGACUGGCCAGCGCUUCCCACCGGGAUUGGUCCUGUCCAAUAUGCUCGUUGUUACUGCAGCUGGUUACACCACAACCUCAUCAAUGUUGUCAUGGAUGAUAUACGUCCUUGUCACCUAUCCCCAUAUCCAGGAUAAACUUCUGCAAGAGCUAGUUGACUAUGAUAUCAGCAAUGAGACAACAUGGACGCCCGACCUAGCGCAUGGCCUGCCAUACCUAGAUAAGGUCAUCAAAGAAGCGCAAAGACUCCACAAUGCGUCAUUUCAGCCAGGCAGGACCACCAAGACAGAGGUGGUAUUACCUGGUGGAUACCGACUUCCCAAAGACAGCACAGUGAUACCCGCUUUGUAUGCUAUUCACACAAAUCCUGAAGUGUGGAAGGAUCCCAUGCGUUUCGAUCCCGAUCGGUGGGACACGGAGGAAGUGAAGCAACGCCACCGAGCCGCAUAUAUACCAUUUGCCACAGGUCCGAGAGGCUGUAUUGGAUUCAAUUUCGCGUUGCUUGAGAUCAAGGUCUUGUUGUCGGAGCUGGUGUACAGAUAUGAUUUCUCACGGGAGGGUCUCGAGGCAGUCGAGUAUGACCCGGAGUUCCAGCUCAUUCGGCCACUAAACUUAUAUGUUACGGCGCAAAGAAGGAAAUUUUGGCCCAGUAAAUCUGCAAAAUAG